CACCAAAAGCCUUAAGGGUCGCUCGAAGCGCUGCCAUAGAUCAUGGCCCACCCCCGCGCGGCAGAUGGCACGCUCGACGCAGUCAACGAGCAGCGCCAGACGCCGCUCCUCCUCGCUGCCGCCGCGGGCUCGUCCCAGGCCGUCCAGCUCCUGCUGCGCCACGGCGCGGCCGUCGACGCGCGCGACGCCCGGGGCCGCGCGGCGCUGGACCUCGCGUGUGCGGCAAGCAGUGAAGCCUGCGUCAGCAUGCUGCUGGCGGCCGGCGCGACGCCCAACGCCACGGACAGCGAGGGCGCGACGCCGCUCCAUCGCUGCGCCGAGGUGGGGGCGACGGCGUGCGCCCGGGCUCUGUUAGCUGCCGGCGCGACGCUCGAGCGCGACAAGAGGGGCGACUCGCCCCUCCACGUCGCCGCCGUCCGCGGCCACGUCGACUGCAUGAAGUGUCUAGUACUGGCGUCGAAGAACCAUGGCGUAGACACGCCGCGCGCGGCCGACAUCCGCCAGUCGCUCGCCGACGCUCCGCCGACGCCGCCGGCGUUGGACUGGAUCCGCUACGCCUACGAGGACGGGACGCCCUACUGGUACAACCCCAAAACGGACGAGUCGCAGUGGCACGAGCCGGGCACGGCGCCGCCGCCGGAGGAUGCGUACGCCUACGACGAGCCGGUGUUUUCGCCCGUCCCCGUCGAGGCGCCUGCGCCGCGCGACACGCCGGCCUUCUCGCCCGUCGACUCGGCGGCGCCCGUCGACUCGGCCGCGCCCUUCGAGACGCAACGGCCGCCGGCCUUCUCGCCCGUCGACGCGGCCGUAGAGACGCGACCGCCGGCCUUUUCGCCCGUCGAGUCCGUCGCGCCCGUCGAGACGCCGCAGCCGCUGCCGCUGGACCCGCGGUCGCCGCCGGACGACGACAGCGACGGCGACGGCGACGACGCGCCGCCGCCCUGGGAGGACCCGCGGUCGCCGAUGCGCGCGAAGCGCGACUACGUCGACGGCCUGGGCCAGCCGGCGGUGCCGCCGACGCCGCACAACUCGCGCACAAGCCUCGCCGAGGACGCGGUGCCGCCGACGCCGCACAACUCGCGCACGAGCCUGGCGGAGGACUUCGAGGUGCAGCUUCCGGAGCCGCCCGUUGAGGAGAAGCAGCCCGAGAGCGACGCGGAGUCGGACGGCAUGCGCGCGCAGCAGCGCCACCUCGACAUCUGGGAGCGGUUCCUCACGAACGCCGCGACGCGCAAGUUCUCGGGACCGCGCCGAGACCCCGCCGCCGAUAAGUUACUCGCGGCGGCAGCCGGCGACGGCUACGACGAUGCGGAGGCCGCGAAGACCAUUGGCGAGCUGCUGGCCGGGGGCACGGCGCCGGACGCGUCCGACGAGCAGGGGCGCCGGCCCCUCCACCACGCGGCCUUCGCCAUGGCUUUAGAUAGGUGCCAGCUCUUAUACGACGGCGGCGCGGACGUCGAUGCGAGCGACAAGGGUGGGAAUAGACCCCUGCACGUAGCGGCAGCUAGAGGGGCGACGGCUAUCGUGGACUUCUUGCUGGGCUGCGCGGCGUCCGUCGACGCGUCGAACGACGACGGGGACCGGCCGCUGCACCUCUCGGCGUGGAUGGGCCACGCCGACGCGACGGCGCGGCUCAUCGAGGGCGAGGCGAACGUCGACGCGCUGAACGGCCAGGGCUACGACCCGCUCGACAACAUCCUGGAGCGGUCGCCGUGCGUCGCGAAGCAGCGCGCGCGACUGCUCGCCGGCAAGCGGCCGAAGCCGCUCCCCGGGCCGUUGAGGGCCACCGUCCAACUAUUGGAAGAAGUGCGCGUGCGGCGGUCCGGAGGCGCAGUCAUCGAGGAAUUGUAAUUAAUGUCU